CUAUUUUUUCGAGCGCGUCUGUAGCUCGGAACUGUGGUUCAUUCCUCCGUGUAAACAUUGCCGCGGCUGCUCCUAUUGCUGCCGCUCUCUAGACCCGAUCGUUGGUUAUUAAUAGACCCCCCGGCUGAGCGUUAGACGCCGGAUCUGCGAUCGCAGAUCGCUCUCCACGCCCCGGCAGGCAGUCUCUGCUCGGCGUUCUAGCGGCCAGGAACGAUCUGCGAUCUGCGCUGCGGGCAAUGCAUCCCCGUUGCCAUGAGGCCAAUCUAUCAGCAGGAGCAGCCUCAGCCGCUCUUCUAUCAGCGGCCAGCUAAUCUUCGACGUCUUCGUCAUCCGCCGGGCGCCGUCUACGGACGCAGUUAUUCGCUCGAGGACCAGCCGGAGGAUGUCAUCCCCGUCUAUCCAAAGUUUAUUUACCCCCAACAACAGCAGCAACGGGCUCAUUAUCCAUUGUACCAGCUGGGCGAUUCACUGAGCUCGCUGGACAGCGAUUUUCCCGACAAUGAGUACAAUGGGGCCUACAUAGUGGAGCAGCAGGUGCCGCUGGCCACCGCUCACCCCACCCCCACUCCCAAAGUGGUCCAGAAUCUCAAUGCCCUGGGCCGAAUGCUGGAGCUCCUGCAGCGCUGUCCUCUCCCAUGUCUCUCCUUCAACACGGCCUGCAUCUGCUCGCUGAUUGUCAUAUUCCUAGCGCCGCGAACUUGUGCCCAGAGUUUACUGUUUCCCGCUUUCAGAUUGUUCUGCGGCACCCUGUACCCGGCCUAUGCCUCCUACAAGGCCGUCAGGACCAAGGAUGUCAAGGAAUAUGUAAAAUGGAUGAUGUACUGGAUUGUCUUUGCAUUUUUCACCUGCAUUGAAACAUUCACGGACAUCUUUAUCUCCUGGCUGCCGUUCUACUACGAGGUGAAGGUGGCCCUGGUCUUCUGGCUCCUCUCGCCGGCCACAAAGGGCAGUUCGACGCUGUAUCGGAAAUUCGUGCAUCCGAUGUUGACGCGCCACGAACAGGAGAUCGACGAGUAUGUGAAUCAGGCCAAAGAGCGGGGCUAUUCGGCGGUCCUGCAGCUAGGCUCCAAGGGAGUUAAUUACGCCACCAAUGUCAUCAUGCAGACGGCCAUAAAGGGCGGUGGCAAUCUGGUGCAGACGAUCAAGCGGAGCUACAGCCUCAGCGAUCUGAGCGAACCGGAUAUGCAUCGCACGCAGGACGAGCUGGACGACGUGAUGAUGUCCUCGAUGGCUUCGUCGACUGUGGUCAUGCGAUCGCCGUCAACGGGCGCACGUCUCCUGAGGCCAAGGAAUCAGACGCCGGUGGGCCGAUCUGGAAGCGGAACACGCCACUCCACCGGCAUGUAUUUUACGGAGGUGGAUGUGACCGCCAAAAAUGCUGGCGAUUUCAACUACAACAUUCGCAGCCAGGAUGACAUCAGCUCCGGUUACUCAAGUGCCGAACCCGUGAGCGGUCUCAGUCGCACCUCCUCCAUGACGAAUGCAUCCAAGGGUCGGGUCAAGUCAAAGCGCAAUGAGCAGUUGCUGGAAGAGAUGAGGGACGAAGUCUAUUUAGAGAACCAGCUGUACUUUCAAGGUGUGCGAGGGGUGAACGCAGUUCCAGUGGCCCAAGAACUUAAAAUUGUGGAGAGUUUUGAAAAAAUACCAAUUUGUGAUGUGGAAAAUGUGGUGAGGGAUGAGAAGAAGGACGAUGAUGCAGAAGACGAGGACUUUUAUGAGGCUUUGCCUUUAAUAGAAGAGGACAUAAGAGAACUGGAGGUUGUAGAAGAAAAGCAGGAAGAAUUGUCUUUCCGAAAUGAAAGAGAAAAUGGCAUAAUGGAGGACGAUUUUGAAGAUGCAUUAUUCGAAGAACCUAAUCAAAUAAUUUCGGAUGAAGUUGAUGCCAAAAAAAAUAAAGAUUCAUUCGAGGAGGUACAUAAGGAUAAGUUACAAAAUCAGAAUAUUAAUGGACCUGCUGAGACCCUCGAAUCGAGUCCACCUCCCCAAAACAAGCCAUAUAUAUCACCACCGAUAGACCCCUUUGUCUUGGUUCUAAGCACUUCUGCAUCCGCACCAGAUCCAUUUCUACCCGAGCGACCACGUCCCAUGUCGCCCCGCGAAAUGCGGGCCACCCUGGAGGAGAUUAAGCAUAGUUUCCGUGCCCAGCUGGAACCAGAGCCCUCCGUUUCGGCAUCACCAUCGCCAUCCUUGCGGCCCAGGGCCAACCAUGGCAAGGGGCGUGCCCCUCCUCCGCCCCUGCCACCGAAGAGGCACUCGCUGAGUCCCCAACCGGACGCCAUUAGCCAGACAUCGACGGGCAGCGUGGAACGAAAGUCAGGUAUCGGCCAACUGUUCAAGCAUAUCAAAGCUAGUGUGCUGCGUAACAAAGCUAAUCCCAGCCAGCAGCCGGAAGAUGAGCAGCUGGCGGCCAGAGAGACGCAGAUUUGAAGACAAAUCCAUGUCUGCUAGCUGCACCACAUUGCCCCGGUCGAGCAGCCGGAAAUCGGACAGAUCCCAGGUGGGUGGAAAUGCCACUGGUCAGACCAAAACGCGCAACAAGUCGGAGAAGUAGUGGGGCAUCUAACUGCGGCCAUCCACCUACAUCUGCAUGUUUAUUUAGGUGGUAAUGGUGGACAUGAAGUAAAAUCCAUAGAACCUGGACCUCAUGUUUUAGUUUAAAUUGUAACUUAAUACUGAUGUCGAUACAGAUUAUGAUAAUAUUAGCUAUAUAUGCAUAUGCAUUGUGUACUUUGUUUGUGAUUCUAUUAGAGCUCCAGGACCAAUAUGUCCCUGGCUGCUAUUGGUACUCAUUUCGUGACUAGUUUAGCGUUAAGCGAGUCUCCUACCCUCUGCCCAAAGGUUCUCCAACAGCUGUACUAACCAAAAAUGAAACCCGAAUAAACCUAUCAAUUGUGUAGCAUAAAUUCCUGAUAUUGUAAUUGAGCAUUAAAUAAAUGAAUCUAUACCAAUGAACUGAACAAA